AUGCCAAUAGGUAGAAUUAAGGAAGAAAAUGGAGGACAUGGGCCUGUACUUAAUACGGUAGAAAAGGGAGGAAAAGGUGAUAAAGGAGAAAAGGGUGAGAAAGGAGAAAAAGGUAAAAAGGGAGACAAGGGAGAAAAAGGUGAAAAUGGAGAAAAAGGGGAAAGGGGUGAAAAAGGAUCGCCAGGAACACGUGGGUUAGAUGGCGCAAAGGGUGAUAAAGGUGAAAUGGGUCUACCCGGCAUCAUUGGCUUAACUGGCCUAAAGGGAGAUAAAGGAGACAUAGGAGAGCAGGGACCAAAGGGAGAAAAUGGAAAAGAUUGUGAAGGUCUAUCAGCAGCAGAAUCGGGACACACUAAUGUUGGUUCAAAAUCUAUGCCUGCUUACACCUGUUCUUCAAUACCCGAUGACGCAAGAUUUUUCAAGAUUGCUAUAUCUCAUGACGAAGUCAGAAGGCUUUCAGCUCACAAUGAAAUAUCACUGUUUCAACAGUCCAGUAGAGUCAUUAAAGAUAAUGACAUGGAAUGGAAAUAUUAUAAGUAA